AUAGCUGCUAGUGCUAGACGUGUUUUUUUAGCGACUACAGAUGAUUUUAAAACGCAUUGUUCUUAAUAAAGCCGGUUGCGACUCAUUGAUAGUAACAAAAACAACUUACCGUUGUUAGCAUGGCUACCUAUCAACAGUGAUCUGAGAGCCGUUGGGCAAAGUAACCUAUUAUUAGCCAACAUGAGCCAAAAUCCUGCUACCGGCUCAGUCGUAGUAUCUGACUGGCAUCGAUGUAAAGACGGAAAAGAAUAUUUCAACAAGAUCCUACACAGGAAAAAACGAAAAAUAUUUGGCCUGUUGGAGUCUCCGGUGAUGCCUCCACAUGUAGCUGUGGACACAGUUCAUUAUAAAAUUUUUCUCACAGGCAAGAGUGGAGUUGGGAAAACUGCUCUUGCUGCUCGUCUUACUGGGCGGAAUAUUCCUAACGUGCACUAUGAGACCACAGGUGUUGAGACAACAGUGGUGUUUUGGCCCGUGAAGCUGAGGGACAGUGGCAGAGUGCUGUUCCUCCGCCUGCAGCUGUGGGACUGUGGAGAGAAUGCCCUGCGGAGAUUUGACCAUUUGCUUCCAUCCUGUAAGGAGCAGGUGGACGCUGUGCUUUUCCUGUUUUCGUUCACCGACAGAACCUCCUUUGAUGAUUUGCCAAAUCAGAUUUCUAAGUGGACUGAGGAGUCUGCAGGUCGACUUGUAAAACUGGUGGUUGGAACCAAAUUUGAUCUGUUUAUGCACUGUGAUGUGGCACAGAGAGACGUGAGGGACUUCCAGGAGACGUGGCGCUUACCUGUGCUGCGUGUGGGUGGUGAGGUCAGCAACGGGCUGGAUGACGUGUCCCCCCUCCUCAACUGCCUGGCAGAGCAGCUGUGGCAUCACGACUGUGUUACAGCCGGAUCAGUCGGUCUCCAGCAAGAGACAGUGACUUUGCUUUGAUAGUGAUCACAUUUCUAGAUAGUUGAAGUUAUUCCUGAAGGUGUCGGCCGUUGAGAUCACAAGAAUGUCUUUAAAUGCAGAAUACCAGUGGUCAUCACCAUUGCGACAUCAGAACCCAUCAUUGCAGUUCUCAAUGUUGAUUAGUGACUCAUGAAAAUCUGUAUUCUCAUCUUCUGACAGCACUCAUUACCUUUUAUUGAUUAAACUGGUGUUAGAGUCAAA